AACAUUACCCUCAAAAAACGUUACUCUCGUUGAGUAAACUACUAAACUCUAUUAGCAGCUUAUAACACUUGUUUGCCGGCCUCUUUUUCUCAGCAGUGACUGAGAUUACUCUUUAGGAUUUCAAAAUUUUCCCAAAUUUUUAUAAUCAACCCUUUUAAUCAAAAUUCAAAUUCAAUUCCCAGGUUCCCAAUUUUUCUUCAAUUUUUUUCUUGUAUAAACAUUUGGCAAAAGAGAAGAGGAGGAAAAAAAAAACCAAGAAAAAACCCAGAAAAAUUACAGAAAAAUGAGAUGGGAGAAAUGGAAGCAGAGCGCAGCAAUGGAGAAGGGAGGUGGGCCCGGAAAAAGGUGGGGACACACCUGCAACGCCAUUAGAGGAGGAAAGCUUUUGUAUGUGUUUGGUGGUUAUGGCCAGAACAAUUCUCAGACUAACCAAGUUCACGUUUUUGACACUGGUGGAUACUCAAACGUGGAGUGAGCCAGCCAUUAAGGGAACUCCGCCAUCUCCUAGGGACAGUCAUACUUGUACAACAGUUGGAGACAAUCUGUUCGUGUUUGGUGGGACAGAUGGGAUGAACCCCCUUGGAGACUUAUAUAUACUAGACACUUCAUCAAAUACAUGGAUUUCUCCACAUGUAAGGGGCGAUGGACCACAGGCAAGAGAAGGCCAUUGUGCAUCCCUUGUUGGAGAACAACUUUUCAUUUUUGGUGGAUGUGGCAAAUCUGUGAACCAUCAUACUGAAGUGUAUUAUAAUGAUCUUCAUAUAUUGAAUACAAAGAACUUUGUAUGGCAAUGUGCUACAACAUCUGGCAAGCCACCGGCUGCACGAGAUAGCCAUUCAUGCUCAUCUUGGAAGAACAAAAUCGUUGUUAUUGGCGGUGAAGAUGAGCAUGAUUAUUAUUUAUGCGAUGUUCACAUCCUUGAUACAGAUACUCUUGUUUGGAGAGAGUUGAAUACUUCUGGCCAAUUGUUGCCUCCCCGUGCUGGGCACUCAACUGUGGCCUUCGGCAAGCACAUAUUUGUAUUUGGGGGAUUCACUGAUGCUCAGAACCUGUACGAUGAUCUUUAUACGCUUGACAUUGAUACUGGUAUCUGGACCAAAAUUAUGCCCAGUGGUGAUGGACCUUCGGCUAGAUUCUCCAUGGCUGGUGACUGUUUGGAUCCAUCAAAAGUUGGUGUUUUGGUGUUCAUAGGUGGUUGCAAUAAAAAUCUGGAGGCUCUGGAUGAUAUGUACUUCUUCCACACAGAACUUUUUAGGGAUGAUGGAAGAGAUGAGCGAAGGUCAGAAAAAUUGUCUUUCAGAAAACAACUGAAGAUGAAGUGUCAACAACAAUAUGUUGCUUCUUCAGAGAACGAUAAGGCUAUAGUCGCAUAUGAGGCAGCUGAUCUUAGCUCACCAAUAUCUGUGCCAUACGGUAGCCAACAAAGUCAGCAGUAUUUCCAUCUAAAUAUGUACCGACCCCCAAUAGGGAAGAGAACAUUUCAAGCCAAAGUUACUAAAAACUUUGCUAGUGGAUAUUCUAUUGAAACCAUUAUUGACGGAAAACCAUUGCGUGGGGUUCUUUUUUCAACUUCUGUUGAAGCUAACCUUAGCUUGCAUGGGAAAAAGGACUCUGAAAAUGUCAAGUCCAAGGUAAAUGAAAAACAGGGUCCUAUUACAAUAUCUCCAACUAUUCAUGAGUCUAUAGAACCUACCAAUGCAUCGGUUUCUAAAAUUGCAGAGCAUUCAGAUGUGAGCCAGUCACAGGAGGUAGAAAUUAGAGAGUCGAAAACAUUAGAAGCGAAUGUUGAAGUCAAGAAAUCAGAUGGAGCUGCAGCCCCAUCAGAUUCAGCUCUCUUGGAUAAUCCAUCUUCAAUACCUGAGGGCUCUGUUGUGUUACCUACUAGCCAAGCAGAGGGCCAGAUAGAGUUUGCUGAGACAACAUGAAGCUAGACUAAAAGCUUUUAAAACUAGUUUUGACAUUGGGCGGAAACCAUUUUUUGCGGUUAGUAUUUGGGCAGUUAUCGAGCUUGAAGACUGCUAAACUAGACUAGAAGCGCUCCAGGAAUGGCAGUUUUUUGCACAUGCAAAAAUUUCUUCUGGGGUCGAAUUUUUUAUUUGUGUCGAAGAGGUACAUAUAUUACCAGCUAAUUGUACAUCCAUCAUAGCUUGAAGGUGAUCAUAGACAGCUGACAGAUGACAACUGCCACAAAUUGAUUGUAACUUCUUCACAUUAGUAUCAUUUUAGAAGACAAUAUUACAUGCAUAGUACUAGAAUAUGCAAAUUCAAGUGACAUUAAAUUGUAAAGUGAUUCUUGAAUGAGUAUUUUACCUUGACAAUCAAGGGCUAGUUGUGGCAGUUAGUUUGAAUAGAGGUGCAUCUUUCUGUCA